GGCGGGCACGCACGCACGCACGCACACACACGGAUCUCUCGUCCUCGCUGUUGCGCUCGCCCUAGUCGUCGCCCAGUCGCUGCUCCGCUCCGACGCGAGCAGAGCUAGCGCGGGCGCGAGCGCGCGUCUCCCUCUCCCGCUCGUGCGCCGCGGUUCCCUCGGUCGCGGGUUUUUGCGCCGGCUGCUCGCGGUUCGGCGGUUGACUGAUCUGACUGGCGCCGGCGGAGGCGGCUGGGUACUGCGGGGAGGCGACGCAGCGAUGCAGAGGCAGGGGAGACACCUGGAGCGGUCGGGCUCGAAACGGGCGCUCGAACCCGGCGGUGGCGGCGGCGAGGACGACGACGAGCGUGCGCCUAAGCGCCCGCGGGUCCCCGCCCUGGCGAGUGUCAUUGUUGAAGCUCUCAAGGUGGACAGUUUGCAGAAGCUCUGCUCAUCACUGGAGCCAAUUCUCCGCAGAGUUGUCAGUGAAGAAGUAGAGCGUGCUUUAGCCAAAUUGGGUCCUGCAGGUCCUGCUAGAAUCCAAGGAAGGAGCUCUCCCAAACGAAUUGAAGGCCCUGGUGGUAGAAAUCUCCAGCUUCAGUUUAGGACUAGGCUAUCCCUCCCACUCUUUACUGGAGGAAAAGUAGAAGGCGAACAGGGAGCAGCAAUACAUGUUGUGCUUCUGGAUGCAAACACUGGGCAUGUCAUUACUUCAGGACCUGAGUCGUUCGUAAAACUGGAUGUUCUUGUGCUUGAGGGUGAUUUUAACAAAGAGGACGAUGAGGGUUGGACUGAAGAGGAAUUUGAGAACCACAUUGUCAAAGAACGUGAAGGGAAGAGGCCUCUUUUAACCGGUGACCUCCAGGUGACUCUUAAAGAAGGUGUUGGGACCCUAGGAGAGCUUAUCUUCACUGACAAUUCCAGCUGGAUAAGAAGCAGGAAAUUUAGACUUGGGUUGAGAGUCUCUUCUGGGUUUUGUGAAGGAAUUAGAAUUAGGGAGGCAAAAACAGAGGCUUUUAAUGUUAAAGAUCACAGAGGAGAGUUGUACAAGAAGCACUAUCCUCCUGCACUAAAGGAUGAGGUAUGGAGGUUGGAAAAGAUUGGAAAAGAUGGAGCGUUCCAUAAGAAGUUGAGCUCAAAUGGAAUAUAUACAGUUGAACACUUUCUUCAACUUCUUGUUAAAGACAUACAGAAGUUAAGAAGUAUUCUUGGCAGCGGCAUGUCAAAUAAGAUGUGGGAAAGCCUCAUUGAGCAUGCGAAGACAUGCGUUUUGAGUGGCAAGCAUUAUAUAUAUUACUCAAGUGACGCAAGAAGUGUUGGCGCAAUAUUCAACAACAUUUACGAGUUCACUGGUUUGAUUGCUGAUGAUCAAUUUAUUUCAGCUGAAAAUCUCACUGAAAACCAGAGGGUAUUUGCUGAUACAUUAGUGAAGCAAGCAUAUGAUGACUGGAUCAAUGUUGUAGAAUAUGACGGCAAGGCACUAUUGAGAUUCAAGCAGAAAAAGAGAUCUGUCACAACAAGAAGUGAAACUGCAAAGGCUUCAAUGAGCUACCCUGCAUCACACGGUUUAGCGCACUCACAGAAACAAUUGACAGGAGCACCUGCAAAUGCUGAGCAAUCUUCCUUCAGCAAUAUUAUUAUUGAAGCAGAUAGAACUAGAAUCUCAUCCGUCGGGAACCAAGUAGAAAGAGGAUAUGCAGCCAAUCCUCAGGACAUCGCACCAAGUAUUACCAUGCAAUAUGACAUGAGUUCGUUGACCCCUGAAGGUCAGUUCAGUGGUUCUUCCUCCAUCCAGACACAAGCUUCAAGAAGCUCCAGCACGCUAGCAUUGCGACCUACACAGCAGCAGCAGCAAAACUUUGAACUCCCAGGACUUGGCCAGUCCAUGCAACCUUCAGCGGACAACUCUUUCAGUGACUGGUCCCGGUUGCAGGAGAACCGUGGAGGCAUCGAUGACUACCUGAUGGAGGAGAUAAGAUUGAGGAGCCACGAGAUACUAGAGAACGACGAGAUGCAGCAAAUGUUGCGCAUUUUGAGCAUGGGCGGGGCACCAACCAGCCUGAACAAUGGAGAUGUCCUUCCUUCCUACAUGCCGAUGCUGAGUCCUGCCCCAGCCUUCAACUUUGAGGAUGACCGCGCUCGUCCAUCUGGUAAAGCUGUUGUCGGGUGGCUUAAGAUCAAGGCCGCUAUGCGGUGGGGCAUCUUUGUCAGGAGGAAAGCGGCUGAGAGAAGAGCCCAGCUUGUUGAGCUGGAAGACUAGCGGGUGCAGAGCUGAGUGUUCAGCUUAUUCAUGCGGAGAGCUAGCAGAUACUGCAGUGUUGUAACACGUCUCCCUUUUGGCUGCCCUUGCACAAUAGCUCCAUUGAUAUUUGUAUACUAUUGACAGCAUGGGAGGGCAAUCAGGACCCUGAGAUUUUUACGAAUGAACUCACGUUGGUUGUAUA